AUGCUCAGGUCCUCCCUGGAACAGCAGUGUCCGGACCGGACCAGACCUCCAGACUCAGACCUCCCCAUUCGUUCCCUGGGACAGCAAGGCCUGACCCAGGCCACGUGGGGUCCAGAGAAAGGGAGGGAGGGUUCUGGGGAGAGUGAAAGGAGUCGGGACAAGGCAGCCAUCAAGAUCCAGGCCUGGUGGCGGGGGACCCUACUGCGACGCAGCCUGCUGCACGCGGCCCUCUGCGCCUGGAUCAUCCAGUGCUGGUGGCGGCUAGCUCACACGCGACUAUCAGAUCGGCGUCGCCGGAUAGUGCUGCAGCUCUACGCAAGGCGAGAGUGGGCCGUGGUGAAGCUGCAGGCCAUGGUCCGCAUGUGGCGUGUGCGACGGCGCUACCUGAGGGCUCAGGCCGCGGCUCGCCUGAUCCAGAUGCGCUGGCGCAGCUGCCUGGCCCGGGGGCUCCUGCGCGGCCGCUACCAGAUCACAGCCACAGGCCUGGUGAUGGACAUGAAGCUGUGGGCAGUGCCCAGCAAGCCCAGGCCCUGCAUCCUCCCCUGUGCUGACUCAGGCGCCGGGCUGAGAGUCAGCAAGACCUAA